AUGAUCCUGACCCUGCUGCUUGGCCUUGGGGGGCUCCUUGGCUGGGGCCUGCUGGGAGCCUGGGCCCAGUUCCCCAGUACCAGGUUCCCAGACCCACACGGCUCCAGGCUGCCUGGGGUCGGGAGGACAGAGGCUGAGGACACCGGCAGGGACCCUGUCAGACGUAACUGGUGCCCCUACCAGAAGUCCAGGCUGGUCACCUUCGUAGCCGCUUGCAAAAUGGAGAAAUUCCUUGUCCACUCGCAGCAGCCAUGUCCACAGGGGGCUCUGGAAUGCCAGAAAGUCAAAGUCAUGUACCGCAUGGCCCAGAAGCCGGUGUACCAAGUCAAGCAGAAGGUGCUGACCUCCAUGGCCUGGAGGUGCUGUCCAGGCUUUGGGGGCCCUGACUGCCAACACCACGCCCCCACAGCAAUCCCUGAGCCUGCAGAUCCAAGUGAUGGCCACCGGGAGCCUUGGGACUGGCCAGUCAGCUUGGAACCUGGCCACCUGCCUGCAGAGAUCAACGAGGUUGAGGCGCGACAGGGACAGCAGGAACGUCUGCUGGGAGAUCUCCAGAACGACGUUCACCAGAUGGCAGACAGCCUCCCAGGCCUGUUACUAAACUUCACAGCUGUGACGGAGAUGGCGAUGGAGGCAAACCAAACAGAGCGUGAGCUUCUGGGCAAAUCCUCGGAGCAAAUGCUGUCGCUGCACAUGGGUGCCUUCCAGGAGGUCCAUUUCAGCCCCAUCUGGAGGAGCAUCAACGAAAGCCUGCACAGCCUCUUCCAGGCCAUACGAAACCUGUCUCUUGAUGUGGAGGUCAACCGCCAGGCCAUCAAGCAAGUCCAGGAAAGCACCGUGGCCAGGGCUGACUUCCAGGAGCUGGGUGCCAAAUUUGAGGCCAAGGUCCAGGAGAACGCCCAGAGAGUGGGCCAGCUGCAGCGGGACGUGGACGACCGCCUCCACGCCCAGCAACUUGCCCUGCACCACUCCCUGUCUGAGGUCCAGGCCCAUGUGGACACCAAGUUGAAGCAGCUGCACAAGGCUCAGGAGGCACUGGGGACCAAUGGCAGCCUGGUGGCAGCAGGGGCUGGUGCAAGGCCAGAGCCGGAGAGCCUGCAGGCCAGGCUGGGCCAGCUGCAGAGGAACCUCUCUGCGCUGCACGUGGCCUCGGGCCGCAGGGAGGAGGAGCUGCAGAGCACCCUCAAGGACAUGAGGGCCACCCUGGCCCGGCACGUGGAUGAGAUCCAGGAGCUGUACUCCGAAUCGGACGAGACUUUCGAUCAGAUCAGCAAGGUGGAGCGGCAGGUAGAGGAGCUGCAGGUGAACCACACGGCGCUCCGGGAGCUGCGGGUGAUCCUGAUGGAGAAGUCACUGAUCACGGAGGAGAACGAGCAGGAGGUGAAGAGGCAGCUCCUGGAGCUCAACCUGACGCUCCAGCACCUGCAGGGCGGCCACGCCGACCUCAUCAAAUACGUCAAGGACUGCAGCUGCCUCCGGGAGGGCAACAGGGACGGCUCCUCCGUGCGGGCCCCGAGCGGCGCCGUGGACGCGCAGGAGGCGCAGGGCGAGCGGGCGGCGGCGGCGCCGGCUGCCGGCUCCACGGCCCUGGGCCCGGAUGCGGGGCGCGCGCACGGCGGGCGUUGCUGCGAGGCCUCCUGGGCCGCCUCCCUGAAUGGCUCCCUCCAGAGCCUCCACCAGGCGCUCUCCGCCACCGAGCAGGGCUUGGGGCAGCACCGGCGGCUCUUCCACAGUCUUUUUGGAAACUUUCAAGGGCUCGUGGCAGCCAACGUCAGCCUAGACCUGGGGAAGCUGCAUGCCGUGCUGAGCAGGAAAGGGAAGAAGCAACAGAAAGGCCCGGAAGCUCCCCGGAAGAGGGACAAGAGGCAAGUGGAGCCGUUGGCGGAUGCCGCUGUCAAAGGGCCGGUGCCCGGUGCCCUAGGAGCAGCGCUCUGGGAGGCGGGCUCCCCCAUGGCCUUCUACGCUGGCUUUGCAGAGGGGACAGCUGCCCCGCAGACGGUGAAGUUCAACACGACAUACAUCAACAUUGGCAGCAGCUACUUCCCUGAACAUGGCUACUUCCGAGCCCCUGAGCACGGCAUCUACCUAUUUGCAGUGAGCGUUGAAUUCGGCCCAGGGCCAGGCACUGGGCAGCUGGUGUUUGGGGAUCACCGUCGGACCCCAGUCUGUACCACUGAGGAGAGUGGGGGAAGCAUGGCCACCACCUUUGCUAUGGCUGAGCUGCAAAAGGGCGAGAGAGUAUGGUUUGAGUUAACCCAGGGAUCAGUAACAAAGAGAAGCCCACCGGGCACUGCAUUCGGGGGCUUCCUGAUGUUCAAGACCUGAACCCUGGGCACAGCUCUGAUCAGUCAUCGUGGGCUCGCCCAGCUCUCCUUGGCCUGGGCUCUGGUCUGGAACGGUCUGGAGACCAUUCAGUAAGUCUAGCUCUUCCCUGGAAACCUCCUGCAAAGACAAUGCAGUAUGUGUGGGCUCCCUCUAGAGGCACUGGGUUCGGGGGUUUCUCAGUGAUGAGAAUUGGACUGCCUCUUUCCGUGUGGGACCUGGUCCUGUGAAGUGUGAAUCUCAGCCGGUCGUGCCUUCUCAGACAGCAUGGCUUGGACUCCAGCUUUGUUGCACCCUGUAUUCUACAACUUUUGUGCUUUGCUCCUCCUGUGGUUGGAAACUUCUGUACACUUUAAUCCUCUCCUGGUUCCUCUUCUCCCUGAUCGUGUGCUAGAAAGUCAUGUUUCCCCAGAAGGAAUGUUUGAGAUGGAGGUGACAUUUGGCCAAUAUUGGAAACCAGUCUCCAAUCACUACAGGGCAAUAGGAUAAAAGCGGCCCAUUUGGGCUGUCAUCAGAAAGGAGACAAAGACCUGGUUGAGUUAAUCAAUGGAGAUGAGAUCAGCAUCUUUCCUUUAGUUUCAGCCACUCCUUGUACUUACCUGUAAUCUGUCUUUUCUCCUUGCCUCGCAUAGGGUAAAGGCCAAACAUGAGCUAAAACGUGUGCAGCCUUCACCUCCCUCGCUUCCUCCCGUGUCUUAUGACCGUCCUCGUUCUCAUUAGCAUCCCCGACCAGGAAGGGAGCUGGGGGCAGGGAAGGAGCACUGUAGAAGUCUCCCCCAGCAACGCCAACUUUGGAAUAAAGUGAUGCCCUUCAAA